UUCGUGGUGUACCUAUGGUUGCAGUCAGUUUUACUACAUAUGAAAUCAUGAAGCAAUUGCUUAAUUUAGAUACAGGAACAAAAUUAUAAUUUUGUUUACUAUUGUUAUAAUGCUAUUUUAUAAUGACAAUGAUUUCAAUCAAUGCAAUCUAUUGAAUAGGCUUACUACUGCAGGAGAAUAUUUUCAUAAUUAUGAUUACGCAAAAUAGCUACAAUGGCAGAAAAUUUAAUUAAUUUUUUAAUUUUUGGAAAAUUGAGAGAGUGGAUAAAAUGAAAACCAAGGGACAGUUUGAAAAAGCGUUUAAAUUCAAAUAAUUCGAAGUGUCGUUAAAACCGUCGAUGAAUGUCAGCUGCUCGUCAUUAUUAAUUAAAGAAAUAAUUUACUUUUAAGUCGAAGAAAAUGUUUUUUCAGAUUAAUGUUACCCCAAAAAAUAAAAAGGACAUUAAGUCCCUUGACAGCAAUACUAAUGACUUACAUUUUACUCUGGUAUUGGGACCAUUUCAACCUCAAACGAGGAUAACAAUGGAAGCAUUUAUAAACACAACUGUACAGUGUUAUUUAACUAUUAAAAAUACGAGUAACAAGGUUUUAACUAUAACAGUUACAAAAAAGCCUGAUGAAGAUCGACACAUAGAUUUAGAUAUAUCUCACGCUACAAUUUUAAGUAAUAGUAAUACAACAAUAUCCAUUAAAUGGUCUCCUAAGAAAGUUGGUUGUUGGCGAGAUGUGUUACAAUUUAUGGAUAGUCGACGAAAUAAAUAUGAUGUAGCAAUUAUAACUACUGCUACAAAUCCACCAACAAAGUGUAAUAAGCCUUUGGUACCUCUAGGUCAACUAACAAAUAGAAAUAGAAGGCCAUGCGAAGACAGAAAAAUAUUAAAAAAUAAAACUACAUACCAAGAAAGUUAUUCAAGCUUUGAUCAGCAAAUAAAAAAGGAUGUAUCAAGAUUACAGAGUAAUCAAAAUGAAGAAAAUAUUGCAAAUAUGAAUUAUAAACAUACAACAAAAUCUUUUCAAGAAGAAUGUGAUGUUUUUCCAAAGAAGAGUUCUGAUGAGUUUUUAAAUUUUAUUGAUUCUAGUGCUUUUAAUUUAACUGUUGUAAAUACAGGUAAAAAGCUAUCCAAUAACAAAAACGAUUUCUUAAAUAAGAUGCAAAGUAUUCCUUCUAUUAUUCUAGAAAAUACAGAAAUACGUAGAGAAACAUAUGUGAAGGAAACUGUAAGUCCUAAACAUUUUUUUACCAUAGACCGAAUAAAUAAAGAAAUAUGUGAAGAUUCGCUAUCUCCUAAUGUGGUAGAUAAUUCGUCAGAAUUUUCAAUCUUGAUAAAUAAUCUUGCCUUAGAACCUAAUAAUGUACUAGAAACUUUAUCAAAUCAACAUAGAAUUUCAACAAAGGGUACAUCCAUUCCUGAUAAUUAUAAAGACAAUUACGUAGAAACAAUGUCUGUACAAACUGAUGGAAAUGGAACAUAUAAUCUAAGUCCCACACUUUCAAUAAGUAGCCAUCAAAAUUUACAUAAUAUAUCUAAUAGAUCAUUAGAUUUAUCUCUUGAUAAAAGAGAUAAAUUUUUACAAAAUCUUGAAUUAUGUCAAUCACAAAAAUUAUCUGCAAAUCUAAAUAAUUUGUCGCCAAUUAAAUCUGUGAAAAAUGAGUGGGCUAAUACCCCUUGUGUCGGAAUCCUUCCUUCAUCUUCGCCAAUUCAAAGUACUUCAAAUCCUUAUAUAUUGGAAUAUUCUACAAAAAAUAAAGAUCCAGUAACUGCAAAAGAUGUUUUAGAAGCAGACUUAUGGGUUAAAGCUAAUAAUGACCAUAAAACAAAAAUUGAUAUACGAAGGAAUAUUGAUUUUGGAACAAUUAUUCAGGAGAAUCACGUUAAAUUUGAAAAUACAACAUUAAACAAAACGCAAACUUUUGAUACAGAAAAAUCAUCAGGAAUUUGUAUAGAAAUAUCACCUCCUAAACGAUAUUUUCAAGUUAAGCCGUUAUCACGUAAGAUGAUAUCGCCAAAGAAAUGUGGACAACUCGGAAAAGACAAAUUUAUGCAAAAAGGAAUUAUUAAAAAAAAAGUUCAUUCGAACAUUCCCGCUAAAAAAAAUGUAAACUUAUUAAUACCAGAAGUUAGAAUUUCUAAACUAUCAUUGGCAAAUGUGAUUAAAAAAAAAAAUCUUAAUGUAGUAUCAGAUCAAUCUAAAGAAAAUAAUUAUAAACUUCAAGACACGGAUAGUUUAUUUACUAAAUAUUGCAAUCCUGAUCCAUUUGCAGCUUGCGUUACAGAGGAUCCAUUUAUUAGUAGUACCAUGUAUUAUGAUGAAAAAUGGGUGUACAAUCAAGAGAUGAUAUUUAAAAAAUGGUUAAAUGCAUUAUUAUCUCCCCCCGAAGACUUGAAUACCGAUGUGGAAUCAAGUUGUGUUGACAUUGGCAAAGUAUGGCAAUCAUGUAAAUUAAUGGAAAAUUCGAUUUUAGCUGAAACUAGAGAAGCACUUUCAGCGAGAUAUCAUACGGAUUUACGUUUGAAUGCAUUACGAAAAGCUGCAAAUGCUAUGUACCGUAGACAUGAAAUAGUUCAUGUGCUAUCACGUACAACCGUUUGUAUAGAAAAAGGAAUCUUGACUAUUAGAUUGGAUCGAGAUUUGCAUAGAGAUAUUGGAUUGCAAAAGGAAAUGUUGGAACUGUUUUUAAGUUAUAACCCAUUAUGGUUAAGAAUUGGAUUAGAAACCAUUUAUGGUGAAAAUAUACCAUUAAAUUCUAACAACGAUUUAGUUGGUCUUACAAGAUUUAUUAUUACGAGAUUCUUUUCUGAUCCUUUUUUGAAAAAGACUUAUCCAAAUGCUUAUCACAGAAAACAACAACAUACGACAUUCAUUACUCUAAUGAAUAAAUUUAUGUUAAAGAAAUUUCUUUUUCUAGUUUACUUCUUAGAUUAUUCUAAGAUUAAUAAACUUAUUCGCCACGAUCCGUGCUUAUUUCAUAAAAAAGCAAAUAUUAAAGAUAGUAGAAGCAUCCUGUUAACUUUUUCACGAGAAGUCUUAAGCGGUAUUGGUGAUCUUACCAAGGUUUUGAAAUCAUAUGAAUAUGUUGUAUCAUAUAAACAAACAUAUUUAGAUGAAUUUGAUUAUGCUGUAACUAAUAUUAAAACUGAUUUACGGGAUGGUGUCAGACUUUGUAGAGUUAUGGAAUUAAUCAGUGGACGGUCGGAUUUAACACGCCAGUGCAGAGUUCCAACGAUUUCACGUUUACAAAAGAUACACAAUGUCGAUAUUGCUUUAAAAGCACUUUUACAAUGUGGCUGUGCUUUAACUGGUAACAUUGAUACAAAAAGUAUUGCUGAUGGGCAUAGGGAGAAAACAUUGUCACUAUUAUGGCAAAUUAUAUACAAAUAUCAAGCACCAAGAUUUAAUAAAGCUGCAAUAUGUAUACAAACUUGGUGGCGUGCAACCCUAUGGUAUAUUCGUGUAAGAAAUUAUCUAAAAACAUAUAAAUAUAAUGCAGCUUGUAUUAUACAGCGAGCAUGGAAAAAAACAUUAGCUAAAAGAAAAUUGAUGAUUUUAAAAGAAGAAUAUUUAAAAGAGUUACAGAGAAAAGAGAAAGCUGUUCGAUUUUUACAAGAGAAAUGGAGACAUUCGAGACGUGGUAUUCGCGAUCGUAGAAGAUUUUUAUAUAUUAGAUUUAAUACAAUAAAAUUGCAAAGAUGGUGGAAACGAAUUCAUGAUUGUAGAUUAUAUGUUAAAGAUUUUCAGAAUCAAAGGAAAGCUUCAAUUGUUAUACAGAGACAAUGGCGAGCAUUAAAAGAAAUGAAAGUACAGAGAAUGGUUUAUAUCAACAUGAGAAGUGCAUGUAUUGUGAUUCAAAAACAUUGGCGUGCAACGCUUUUAAUGAAAUUUGAUCGUAUGAAUUAUUUAAGAUAUAAAAAUACUAUUGUUUUUAUUCAAAAUAGAUGGAGGUUUAAAAAAAUGUAUGAUAGAAUAAAGAGAGAACAAUGCACAGAAUUAAAGGCUGUUCGUAAAAUAGAAUUAUGGUGGAAAAGUAUUUUAAUUAUGAGACACGAAAGAAAUAAUUUCGUGAUUAUGAAAGAUGCUGCCAAUACAAUUGAGAAUUGGUGGAUAGGUAUCAUGCAACAACAAAAAUAUCGAACUAUGCACAGAGCAGCUAUUGUUAUUCAAAAGAAUUGGAGAAAAACAUUAGCGAGAAACGAAUAUUUAAAAAAAAAAGUAGCAGUUGUAAAAAUAGAAACAUGGUAUAAGUGCAUUAUAGAACAAAAAAUUGUUUAUAGAAAUAUUUUAAGAAUGAAGAAUGCUGCUAUAUGUAUACAACGUUGGUGGAAAAAUGUUAGUAUUGCUCGAAAGCAACGGAAUAAUUAUUUAAAACUUUACAAAGCAGCGGUGUCAUUACAACAAUGGUGGCGUGCAAUAAUUCUUUUUCGAUCAAUUAGAGAACAAUAUCUAUUGAAAAAAAGAUCUUGUUUGGUAAUUCAGACUUGGUGGAGAAUGAUAAAAACUAAGCAACAAUAUAUGUAUUUACUACAAAAACGGAAUAUGGCAGCAACUAUAUUGCAAAGGAAAUGGCGCUCUACAUUAAUAAUGAGGCAAAAACAAAAAGAAUAUAAACAAUUGAAAUUAUAUACAAUAAAAAUACAGAAACGUUGGCGAACCUUACAAAUUGCUAGAAGAGAAUAUUAUAAAUUUCGUGCUCUAAAAUCUGCCGCUAUUAAUAUGCAAUGUUUGUUUAGAGCUAAUAAAAUUAGCUGUCAUACUAGACAAUGGUAUAUUCGUUUGAAGCAAAGUACGAUCAUUAUACAAUCAUAUUGGAGAAUGAAAGUUGCACGUAAAAGAUUCAUUAUUAAGAAACAAGCGGCUUUAACGAUACAGGUUUAUUGGCGAGCGUAUAUUAAAGGCAAAAAAAUUUGCUCAGAAUAUAAAUUAUUGAGAUGUGUAACAAUUAAUAUACAGCGUCGCUAUAGAUCAAAUAAAAUUAGCAGAAAAGUUACUCAAGAAUAUGAUGCUUUAAAAAAAGCUACAAUAUGGUUGCAAAUUAAGUGGCGGGCUAAAUUAGUAGCAAGAGCACAAAAAAAAGAAUUAGAAAUGUAUCACUAUGCUGCUAAAACAAUUCAAAAUUGGUGGUGGCAAAUAUUAUUUGUAAAAAAAUGUAAAUUUAUUGAUUUUAAAAAUAAGAAAGAAGAACAAGAUCUUUCACAAUUUACUAUUCGACAAAUGUAUCGCAGUGUAAUAAUUUCAGUCAUAAAAAUUCAACGAUGGUGGAGGAAUAUUCGUGAAAAACGCUUGUAUCAUAAAAAGCAACUUCGUGCAGUUCGUAUAAUUGAAAAAUGGUGGAUUAUUAUUUUAAAAACUAAACAAAAAGCAUUAGCAGCUACAAUUAUACAAGCUGCAUGGAAAGGAUAUCGAAUACGGCAAAAAGAAUCUAAUCAUAUGUCAAAAGUACGACAAAGAUUAAAAACAGCCACAGAAACGGCAUCACCGCAUGAAACAUUAGGGCAUCGUUACCAACAAUCAAUUGUUAUACUUAAAAAGUUCAAUACAAUUGGCGAGCUUUCUAUGUGUCUUGCUUCAUUAAGUCUGAUAACUAGAUUAUCACCCAAGGAUUGCAUUAAUUUAUGCGAGCAUAACUUGGUUGAUUACAUUUAUGAAAUAUACGUUAAAAGUAACAGAUCAUUACCUUGGGCAAUAGUCUGUUUAAGAGCAACAGAUAUACUUAUUACAUUUGCUAAGUUUCCACCAACAAGGAGUUAUGUCUGUAUGCCAAAAUAUGCAUUACCAACGGUAAAGCUUUUACAUGACAAAUUGGAUCACGAAGAGUUAUCUUUACAUGUAGCAACUCUUAUAUGGUUACUUGUAAGUGAGGACAAAUAUAAGAAGGCACUUACAACAUGCUCACAAUCGAUCUGGUUGUUAAAUUCUGUAUGUAAAAAAAUUAUUAAAGGAAAAGGCAAACUUGCACACUACUCAGAAAUAUUAAGAAAGCAAACUAACUUACUUCCAAGUUUUAAACCUGAUUGGUCACUUUUCCAAAAACAACAUCGUAUAUUUACGACUAUUGAGAAUGCUAUAACAGCAAUACUUGAACAACUGGACAUAAAAGAAUAUUUAACUUGAAAUAGAAUACAUAUAGAUAAAAAUAUAAAUAAGUGCUAGAUUACCAAUAAGCGAGAUCUUUAUCUCUAAUUCACAAACACCAUUAUAUUUUCCUGACCAUUUUUGAUAAUUUGUUAAUGUAAAAAACCAUGACUUCGACGUUUUUAACAAAAUAUAACAUAUUAAGAAUAAAUUAAUUAUUACAAAAA